UAUGUUCCGACGGAAACCAGGCCGGCUGUCAUAUUGAGGAAAUGUUUAUGUUCCGCAGGGAUAGGCGAGUUUCUUUCCCAAAGACUAACACGGGGAAGCCCUUAUGGGAGCAAUAGCUAGGCCUCGGACACGCAGUGGAACGGUAUUGCUCGGGCAGGGGAAGGUUUAGCGUUUGGUUCCGGGGGGCGCGGGUUUCCGAGGGGAAGGGAAAGUAGGAGCCAGCAGACCGGUCGCCAAGAGCCACGUCUAGUGGGAGAGGCAGAGGGAGAACGGAGAGAUAGAGGAAUGUAACCUGAGCUGUUCCCGGUAAAAGAUAAACAUUGCAACUGUCUGGCUUCUGGAGUCUUCUUUUCUUGCUUAAAAUGUACUGUGCACUUCUUGUCAGGUGUGAGGAAGUCUAAAAAGGAUUUGAUGCAAGUGCAUCAUUCUGAUGGAGAGAAAAACAAUAUUGGAGGCCAUUCAGAAAACUUUUUAAUCUUGUGCAUUUGGCAACUUUAACAAUGGAACAACAAGCUUCCACUCAGAAUUUUCCCUGCAACGCACUGAAUGGAGAAAGGACUACAGUUAGCAAAGUGGAGUUUUUUGAUCCCAAAACAGCAUCUAUCGCAGAAGGCAUUCUUGUGACUAGCAUUAAUUCAAACCAGCUUCCUAAGGAUGUGGAUAAUGUGUCGAUAAGCAGCAAAGAAGAUGCAUGUCCGAAUGGACCUCCACUUCAUGGCAUCGAGCCCAUUUUAUCUGUGGACUCCACAAGAAAUGUCCCUACCGUAUCAGCAUCCCCAGGUGUGGCUGGUUUCAGUGACAACCUAAUGGAAUCUAGUGCUAAGAGCAUAGUUCAUAAGAAAGAAGCUUUGCAGUCUCUGAAGCUAAGCCUUCACAUGCAGGAAACAGAUUUGUGCUCUAGUGAAGCUCCCCUUCCACUGGAAAGAGAGGAGCAAAUACGACUUCAAGCUAGACGCCGCCUGGAGGAACAGCUAAAGCAAUACAGAGUAAAGCGCCAUCAGGAGAGAUCUAAUCAUAGUACUCCGAAAAGCCGACCCUCUAGCACUCUUGAUCCUGAACUUAUGUUUAACCCUGAGACCCUGCCUCGAGCCAGUACUGUUGCUAUGACAAAGGAGUAUACUUUCCUUCGCACAAAUGUUCCACGUGGGCCAAAACUGGGUAGUCUGGGCCUUCCUUCAUCUUCCAAAGAAAAGAAGUCCUCUCGGUCUUCCAAGUCUUCCAGUAAGAUCCGUUCCCUGGCGGACUACCGGACAGAAGAAUCUGAAUACAAAAAUUCCAGCCCAGGUUACUCAGAUGCAUCCUCAGGAUCCUUGAAACCCAGCAGGGGUAGCAUGACAUCAGUAGUGUCUGAAAUCAGUGCGGACAGCAGUGAACAUUUUGAUGGCUUGAGUUUUGGUGACAAUGGCUCUGAGUUGGAUGGAAGUGAAAUAGGUAUAAGGCAAGAUGGGAAUGAGAGUGACAGCUCUACAUAUAGUAGUGCAUCUGCCAGCAGAGGUGCUUAUGUACGACAAGCUACAUCUCCCAAGCAGGAAGCAGAUUACACUGUAAAUGGGCAGGUUAUUGCUGCGGAAGAUGUUGGACAUUACCCUUCGCUUAGCGAUGUACUUCAAGCAGCAGCCACAGAGCAUAAUGCCCAAGAACAAGAAAUCAAUGGGGAACCCAGAAGCAGAAGGGACAGUAUUUCAAGCAGCAUAUCAAUGGAGAGCUCAAUUGCUGGAACUCAUGACGAGCUACUGCAGGUUUUAAAGGAGAAAAUGAGACUGGAAGGACAGCUUGAGUCAUUAACUUCAGAAGCUAGCCAGGCUCUAAAAGAAAAGACUGAAUUACAGGCCCAGCUGGCUGCAGUGAGCACUAAGCUCCAAGCAGAGUUGGAAAACCAAGAAACAAGCCAAAAAAAACAGGAGUCUUUAAGCUCUGAGGUGCUCAACUUGAAGAAAUCCUGCUUGGAUUUGGAGAGGGCAAUGGCAGAUCUACAGAACAGCUUAGAGGUCAAAAAUAGUAGUUUGGCUUCUUUGGGAAACGACCUGCAAGUGGCAGAAGAGCAGUACCAGCGACUUAUGGGCAAGGUAGAGGAGCUGCAGAGGAUUAUCAUCCAGAAGGAUAAUGCUGUUCAUGACCUGCGGCAACAGACAGUCUCUCUACAGUAUCAGUUGCAACAGGUUCAACUUGACCGCUCAACUCUUACCAACAAACUUAAGGCUUCCAAGACAGAAAUUGCAUCCUUGCAACAGACACGUGAUUGGUACCAGCAGCAGCUAACACUUGCCCAAGAGGCUAGAGUGAGACUUCAAAGUGAGAUGGCAAACAUACAGGCAGGGCAGAUGACCCAAGCUGGUGUUCUUGAGCACCUCAAAAUAGAAAAUGUGACCCUUUCGCACCAGCUAACAGAAACACAGCACAGAUCUCUUAAGGAGAAGGAGCGCAUUGCUACACAGCUUCAGCAUAUUGAGGCCGAUAUGCUCGAUCAGGAAGCAGCAUAUCACCAGAUACAAGAGGCAAAAAGCAUGGUAGAAGAAGACCUGCAAAGAAAACUGGAGGACUUUGAAGAGGAGAAGGAACAGCUGCAAAAAUUAGCAGACACUGCCGUUGCUCUGGAACGUGAGCUUGAGCAGGUGAAACUCAAUUUGCAUCAAAGAGACCUGCAGCUAGAAGAACUUCAGCAAGAGCACCUUGAAAUUUUAAAACAGUUGUCUCUGACUCAAGAGGCCCUACACACCAAAGACCAGUCUUUAAAGGAUUUACAAAUGCGUUACGAUGAGCUAGAAGGUAGGCUGUCGGAACUCCAAAGCGAUACAGCUUCCAAGGAUGACACCAUUGGGUACCUUCAGAACCAAAAGAUUGUCCUUGAAGUGGCCUUACAGGCGGCUAAAAUGGAACAAGAGGGACUAGACCAUGGAGUAAAGAACUUGCAAGAGGGAACUGAAGCUGCUGCAGAAGUCUUGGAAAAGUUACGUCAGGAACUUGCUAUCAAGUCUCGUCAGGUCGAAACUUUGGAGAAAGAUAAUGUUACUAUCAAAAAACAAACACAGAAGGUGAAAGAGCAGCUCCUUCAGCAAAAAGUGAUGGUAGAAGCCUAUCGCAGAGAUGCUAGUUCCAAAGACCAACUUAUAAGUGAAUUGAAGACUACCAAAAAGAAACUUGAUUCAGAGGUCAAGGAAUUAAGACAGAAGUUGCUGUGGCUUCAGGGGGAGAACUCUGCUGCAGAGGUGGAACAGACACGGAUAAAAAAGGAGAUGUCCCAACUCCAACAACAGAUGGAAGAACUUGAAUCUAAUCUUCAAGCUGUACAGAAAGAGAGGGAUGAGAUGGAAAGUCGCUUACAGUCAUUACAGUUCAAUAAGGAUCAGAUGGCCACACUGACUCAGGAUAAUGCUGCACUAAAGGAACAAUUAGAGCUGAUGCAAAAUGAGGCAAAAAAGGCUAUUACAGAUCAAAAGCAACGAAUGAAGCGUCUUGGAUCAGAUCUGACCAGUGCACAGAAGGAGAUGAAAAUCAAACACAAAGCAUAUGAGAAUGCAGUUGGGAUAUUGAGUCGUAGGCUGCAAGAAGCACUAACUGCAAAAGAAACUACUGAGGCAGAGUUAAACAAGGUGAAAGCACAACUGUCAGAUGGAGAAAAUAACCAAGCCUUUCAGGCAAAGCUGCAAAGUUUACAAAAUGAGUUGCAGACAGUUAGUCAUAGCAAGGCCAUGUUGGAACGGGAAUUACAGGAGGUUAUAUCCCUGACCAGCCAGGAACUGGAGGAGUACAGAGAAAAAGUCCUAGAGUUGGAAGAUGAGCUCCAGGAAGCACGCGGGUUUAGAAGGAAGAUUAAACGUUUGGAAGAGCUAAAUAAGAAACUGACUCUGGAGCUGGAGCAUGAAAAAGGGAAGCUAGCAGGCCUUGGCCAGUCUAAUGCUGCAUUACGGGAGCACAGCAAUAUCCUUGAAGCUGCUUUAGCUAAGAGAGAGUCCGAUUUGGUACAACUGAACCUCCAGGUACAAGCUGUUCUUAAGCGCAAAGAGGAGGAAGACCGACAAAUGAAGCAACUUGUGCAGACUCUGCAGGAUUCAUUGGAGAAAGAGAAAAGUAAAGUUAGCAGUUUGACAGAACAGCUAGCAGCAGCAAAGGCAGAAGCAGCACACAACCGAAGACACUACAGGGCAGCUGCACUGGAGCUGAGUGAGAUUCAGAAAGAGUUACAGGCCAAAGAACAGCUCAUCCAGGCCUUACAGACGGAAGCUGAAAAAUUGCAAUCACAAGAUGAAAAGAAUACCCAGGAGCUGUCACAGUUCAAGCAGGAGCUUGCAGAUGCUCAGUCUCAACUUCAGCUUCUUCAGAAAGAAUUAGAUGAGCAACUGAGCAAGAGGCCAGAAAUCAAUCAGGAGGUGGAGGACCUUAAAUGGCAGGUGGAGCAGAAAGAGCAUGAAAUUCAGGGUAUUCGGCAGCAGUUGGAUAUGACCGAGCAGCGUAGUCAAAGGGAGCUGGAAGGUGUUCAGACAUUGUUGCAGAACCUUAAACUUGAACUUGAAGCUGUGCGAGAGGAGCUUACAGAUACACAAAAGGACAAGUUCAUGUUACAAACAAAGGUGGCAGAGUUGAAGAACAGCAUGAAAACAUUAUUGCAGCAGAACCAGCAGCUGAAGCUUGAUUUACGUCAGGGCCGGAUCAAGAAGAGAAGGGAGAUUAAAGGUGAUGCCACUUCUUCUAAUCCAGUGACUCCAGUAAAGAUACCAGACUGUCCAGUACCAGCGUCACUUUUAGAAGAAUUACUGAAACCUUCAUCAGCAAACAGCAAAGAACCUCUAAAUAAUCUAAACAACUGUCUUCGUCAGCUCAAGCAAGAAAUGGACAGCCUCCAACGACAGAUGGAAGAACAUACUAUAACUGUGCAUGAAUCUAUGACUUCCUGGAACCAAAUUGAGGGUCAACUACAGGAUCUUGAUGGUUCUGGUUCUCAAGCCAUUGUCAACGCUAGCAUCCAAUUAAUUGACAAAAACCUUAAUAACUGUGAUCCAGGACCUGCUGAACAGUGACUGUACACUUCAUUUGUGUCUUGAAGAUGCUUCUAUAUUUUCUGGGCAGAAGAAGUUUGGACUCAAAGCACAGUGCAAAAUAGUUCCUCUCUAUAUAAUGUUGGUUGCUGAGAAUAAAUCCACUUCCAUAACUUAAAUAUGCAUAAAGUCAUGGUAUAAGAGACUACCAGACUGCAUCCAGUGGAUAAUACUUCAGCUUUAACCCAUGUUCUUACAAAUAGGGUCCGGGGUGCUCAAACAUUUUAUUAACCAUUAGUAGUAUCCCCAUUAAUGCCCAGCGUCCUCUCUCCCUGGUAAUUUUCAAGUUUCUUUCUGCAGCAAGGUUAAAGGGUUCAUAGGUUUAAAAAAAUUGUGAGCUGUCAGAAAAAUGGGAUGAAAUGCAUAACAAAGAAUACAGUGUCUAGAACAGAAAAUACAUAUCCUGGAAAUAUUUUAUUUAUGAGGUUAAGUUAUAGCCCUUUAUAUUUUCUGUGAAAUUUUGUACAUUUUUUUCAUGCAGAGAGAAGUUCCUUUAUGGUCCUUGAAUGUAAAAUGCAUUUGCACAUUUCUUAAUGUAACAUUACAUUACAUUCUGAUUGACUAAUGACUUAUAGACUAUAUUGCCCUGCUGUUUAACUAAAUAUAAAAUAUAAGAGCCUAAUCAAAAAAGCAUUAGAAGUCUGAUCAAAGAAAUGAUGCCAGUUGCUUUCCUUUUUUACACACUUUCUAUGAGAAUUAUAGGAGGUAUGUAAAGUUAUUAUUUGCAAGUUAAAUGGUGUAUUUAAUUAUUAGUUAAGGCUUUAAGUUACUCAAAGUCUUGAACUAAAAUAUAUCUGUCUAAAUUGUCUUUUCCCUUUAUUAUUGGGGGAUGGAGCCAAGCACAAAAAAAGAAAAUUAGGUAUUUAAUGAAUGUUUAACAGAAUAAACAUAGUACUGGCUAAGUAGGGGCACAUCUGGGUCUGUUGCCAUCAUUUCAAUGAUUGAACUGGGUAAAGAGGUGGCUUACCCUAGAAGAGCUAAAAGUACUGUUAAAAAAAAUGGUAAUCUGGCAGUAAACAUUACCAAGGGCAUCCUUAUUUCCUCCCCUGGCGAAGAUCCACCUGAGGCUUCAUGGUAGAAUGGCAAUGCAGCUCUGUAGUUAGGAAAAUGCUUAAUAUUCCAGUUUGCCUAAAAUCUGACUGUGUACAGUUCACUACAGUUUCCAUAAGUGGAUGCCUUAUGCUUAAUUAAACAACACUUCAGAAUAUAUUGCACUAUAAAAGCCUGUCUGGACUUGUAAAUACAGCCAAGAAGAAUUGCUGUUACAGAAACAAGAAAACUGACAAAAGAAGACACUGGUGUGACCUUGCAAGCAACUUGUUCGAUCUCUUUUCCUACAAAGUAUCAGCAGCAUAGUUAUUAUAUGUGAGAUACAAAUAACAAAAAAACUUGCCAUUUCUACCAAGAUAUUAAAAAUAAACAGAAAAAAAUGGUGAAUCAAAAGUUUUAGCAGUGUUAAAUAAAAAACUGUAAAGUAAAAAGGAUUUCUAGAAUGUAAAAUCCACUGGGCAAAGUGACAAACACUGCAGUACUGAACAUUUGGUACAGGCCAUUCCUGUACAGCCCACCAUUAAAGAGUUCUUCAGAACAUGGUGGUCUCCACCUCAUUUUAUGGGCUUUUAGAGAAUAUAAAAAAUAAUUGUGUAAAAAGUGUAACUGUGGUGCAUUUAAUGAAUCUGAAGACUGUUUUCUUGGGGAUUCCUUUCAGUGUCUACUGGUUUUCUCAGUCACCGUGUAUGUUGUCUGUCUUAAGUUAAAACAUUAUUUAUAUCAGAUGACCCACUUAAUUCUCCCUUAAUUCUAUAACUUGCAACAGCACCAAAUAAUCACCAAAUUCAUUCAAGGGUACUAUUACCCUUUAACUGCCAGAGGUGGUAGGUUUCAGAGCAGUGCUUUACACUUUGAACUCCAUCAGAGUGUGAAGCACUUCUGUGCCAUAAUGGUUUCUGUGCUACAAUUACAUCUUUUAGGGUAGCCUUGCUUUAGAUUAAUGGACGCUGUAUUUACUGUAUGAUUGCUGUUAAGAUGGAAGAGUUUGUUACUUUUUAUUUAUUUUUGUAACCUUUAUUCCAAUGAAGAAUAUUAUUCCUAGUAAUAAUUUGUGUCAAUUAUUAUGGUGUUGUCAUAUAUUACUUUUUGGUACUCUAGUCUAUAAAAAAAAGUGAUGGGUCAGCAAGCAGAAUUCAGUGACUGAAGCAACAGUUUGAACCUCCUUGGGCAUAUAAAUACACAAUCUCACUUAUAAAACAGGCAUUCUGGCUAGAACGGUUAACUGUUUGCCCUCUGCCUAAGUCAACAGGAAGAUGUGGAUGAUUCUAUAAGUGUUCUCUCUACUCUUUUUAGGAACAUUUUUAAACUGCAUUCAGAUAAAGCAACAUGCUGGCUAAGAGAAUCUCAGUGGCCUAGUGAUUGUACUGUUCAGAGCCUUUGGCAUUUUACUGACAUCCUGUUGGUUUGCUUUAAUACUUCAACCCUUUACACGCUGUUUAACUGUGGUUUUAUUUAUAGAAAGAAAACAAAUUGAUAAAUUCAACAUUUUACUAUAAACAACUAUAUUACUACAAUUUUCCGCUGUUUGAACUGGUUGACACCUGUACAUAUUAUUAUACUGCAGUGUAAAGCAUGUGGAUACAAUGAUAUGUGCAUAAGAAAUAUUUCAAGGUUUUGUGCAAUAAAAUAUUUUUGGUAAUAAGGUA